AUGGAUCCAUUGAGCUGGGGUCGUGGUUGGUAUGCUAUUCAGACAAUAUCUGGGUCUGUAAUACAGUAUUUAAAAGAGGCCCGCGACAAGCCUCCAGAUGAGCUGGUAUGGCCUCUUCGUCUUUUCCUGAUUCUUCUUGGUUACUCGACAGUUGCCACACCAGCAGCAAUUUUAAUUUAUUAUGUUAGGAGGAAUCGACAUGCUUUCGAAACUCCGUACCUAUCAAUACGCUUACUUCUCCGAAGUUUUGCUGUCGGAAAUCCAGAAUAUCAGCUAAUACCAACAGGAGAGAAACAAGCUCGGAAAGAAAACGAUUCGAUUCCACAAACACGAGCACAAUGCAUAAAUGUAAUUAUCCUCUUGCUCUUCUUUUUCAGUGGAAUUCAAGUAACACUUGUCGCAAUGGGAGUUCUACAAGAAAGAAUUAUUACAAGAGGCUAUCGGAGAUCUGAUCAGUUGGAAGUGGAGGACAAGUUCGGGGAAACUCAAUUUUUGAUUUUCUGCAAUCGGAUAGUGGCUCUCGUUUUGAGCUUGAUGAUUUUAGCCAAAGAUUGGACAAAACAACCACCACACGUUCCUCCACUUUAUGUUCACUCGUACACCUCAUUCUCAAAUACGAUUUCAUCUUGGUGUCAAUAUGAAGCACUGAAAUACGUCUCAUUCCCCACUCAGACAAUCUGUAAAGCCUCAAAAGUGGUUGUGACAAUGUUAAUGGGACGAUUGGUUAGAGGACAGAGAUAUUCUUGGUUUGAAUAUGGAUGUGGAUGCACAAUUGCAUUUGGAGCCAGUUUGUUCUUGUUGAGCUCAUCAUCGAAAGGAGCCGGAUCGACUAUUACAUACACAUCGUUUUCCGGAAUGAUUCUCAUGGCUGGAUAUCUUCUCUUCGAUGCAUUCACGCUGAAUUGGCAGAAAGCUUUAUUUGAUACAAAACCAAAAGUUUCCAAAUAUCAGAUGAUGUUCGGUGUCAACUUCUUCUCAGCUAUAUUAUGUGCAGUUUCUCUAAUAGAACAAGGAACUCUGUGGUCUUCUAUCAAAUUUGGAGCCGAACACGUUGAUUUCUCUCGUGAUGUCUUCCUUCUUUCUCUAUCUGGAGCCAUCGGACAAAUCUUCAUCUAUUCAACUAUUGAGAGAUUUGGCCCGAUUGUAUUUGCAGUGAUCAUGACUAUUCGGCAGAGAUGGCUCCACCUCCACCACCUGAACCGUUUCGUCUCAAAUUUUUAUCAAUGAUAAUUGCCGUCAUCCACAUAUAAAUAUCCGUUUCUGCUUUUUCUCUGUAUUAUUUUGCAUUGCCUCUUCGCGCAUUUCGUGUACACUCUUCGUUUUUGUCACAUCAUCUACCCGUCUCCCACUCCCACACACCCGUACGAUCACAGCUUCUUCCUCUCCCGCACUCCCUCCUUUCUGUAAUUUUUCACUGAUUUUGCCGUCGAUUUUGGCAUUGUAGCCUUCCUCAUCCCCCUUAUUCUUAUCACGUCAGCAGAAGCAUCUGAUUCAUUUCUUCUAUUUAUUGCAUUUAUCACUGUGUGUCAUGCACGGGUUUUUUCGUUUUUCAUCCUUGCUACAUUGGUCACCCCCCUCCCCUCCCACCAUUCACUCCCAUUUUGAAAGAUAGUUCUUAUAUCCUUUGGCAUUAUCAUAUAGGUGAUUAUUAGACAUAUCAAAUUGAUCAUUUGUUUUUCCUUUCCACUUCCCUAAUGUAAUAAACAAUUUAAUUA